GCAAGUCCACCUGGUCGCGCCUCUGAACCCGUCAAGUCCUCCUUCAAGAAAAUGCCCAGGGCCCCGAGGAAUCAUAGCAAGACCUACAAGGUCCCCCGUCGACCUUUCGAGUCGGCUCGUCUCGAUGCCGAGCUGAAGCUCGCUGGCGAAUACGGCCUGCGCAACAAGCGCGAAAUUUGGCGCAUUGGUCUUGUCCUCUCCAAGAUCCGUCGUGCUGCCCGUGAGUUGCUCAAGCUCGAUGCCAAGGACCCCAAGCGUCUCUUUGAGGGUAACGCCCUCAUCCGCCGUCUCGUCCGCAUCGGUGUGCUCGACGAGACCCGCAUGCGUCUCGAUUACGUGCUCGCCCUGAAGGUCGAGGACUUCUUGGAGCGUCGUCUCCAGACCCAGGUCUUCAAGACUGGCCUCGCCAAGUCCAUCCACCACGCCCGUGUCCUCAUCAAGCAGCGCCAUAUUCGUGUGGGCAAGCAGAUCGUUGACGUCCCUUCGUUCGUCGUCCGUCUUGAUUCCCAAAAACACAUCGACUUCGCCCUCACUUCGCCAUACGGUGGUGGACGCCCCGGUCGUGUCAAGCGCAAGCGCGCCGCUGCUGCCGCCAAGAAGGAGGAUGGUGGCGACGAGGAGGAAGAGGAGUAAAUGUAUUAACCCUUUCCCCGUCUACGUUGUUUUUACUAUCAUGUCAUCAUGUUAUGGGCACAUGCAAAACUCUACGCAUGAUUUAUGCAGAAACUUCUGUAUUCGUGACCUGAAUGACCGUACAAGAGUGUAUCUAAAUACAUGAGAUAAUCAAGCGAGUU